AUGCAAACAAUAAGACUUUCUCUGUUGGGUCUAUGCAAAGACACUUUGUUUGAUAAAACAAUGCAUAAACAUGAUUUAAAUAAUUUAUCAAAUAAUUUAAAUAUUCAAGAGAACAGAGUCUCAUUGUUGGAGUUUUUCCGUGAAAUUGUAAACUCCUCAUACAAAGGAGAUAUACGUUUCUUAUUCAAUGACUCAAGUAAAAAAUUGUCCGAAAGAGAAUUGUAUGAUUCAUUGCCGUUUUUAACAGCUCGUUACCUGCCUUUGAUUAUUGAUUACUUUGGGAAUAACAAAUCAGAACUUGAAAUAGAAGGAACUAAAUUGAGUACUUUAAAUAAAUUGUGCAACUUAGCAAGGUCAAUAAAUGAUAAAAUGGCAUCUAAAUUGAUGGAGAACCCAAUGUCUGGGAUGAAUAGUGAAUUUUGUGCUUCUGAAGAUUGGAACUCGUUUUUCAGAUUGUUCUUUAAUGAAAAAAUAAUACUAAAGAUUAACCCAAGUAGGGAAUGGAAGGCUCAUGAAUUUUUCAAGCUUCCCAACCAAUUUAAAAGUAGAGCAAGCAAAAUAGCUGCCAAAAAAAGAUUUUUAAGACUUUUAAAAAUUAAUAUUUUAUCUAAUAAAUAUAUUAAUUCUAUUUGCCCUUGCGCUUUACCUUGGAGUUCUAACAUUAUUGACGAAACUAUACGAAGAUAUAAUUUCAAGUGCUCGCUGGUGGGUAUAUUAAAUAAUACACUAUCUAACCUUGGAAAAAUCGUAAGUAAAAAUUAUCACUCCAAAAUUUUUGACUUUUUAAUCUCAAAUAUUUAG